CUAAGUUUUAGCUUAUACUAACGACUUUAUUUACUACAAUAAUUGUAUUUCCUCUAGACUAAUAAUUGUUUAAAUAUUGGACAAAUUUGAAUAAAGUUUUUAAAAUAUAGUUGAUUUUAUAUUGAAUCUUAAAAGAAGUUGUAAUAUCAUAUUUGUUUCAUUAUGGCUGCUCCAAUGGAGCGUAUUCAAGCUCUGGAAUUAAUUGAAAAGGACAUAAUAACAUGUUUACAAAGCGCGGGUCAAGCAUUAUUAGAACUCAGUAAAGAAAAAUCAAGUUUGAAACAAGUAGAAAAUCAAUCACACCAAUUCUUAAAAAGUUUAGGUAAUGUUGAGUCAAAGCUAACUGAACAAAUAAAUUAUUUGACUCAAGUAUCUACUGGGCAACCAUAUGAAAACAGUGGAUAUGCAUCACAAAAAGUUCUCCAGAUGGCUUGGCAUCGUCUUGAACAUGCAAGAAGUAGGGUGAAAGAAUUAGAACGUUCCAAAAAUAAGUAUCUCCAGGAUCAAGAACAAUUAAAAGGAAAUGUCUCAAAUUUAUUAUAAUACUUUGUAAUUGUACACUUAUAUGCUUAUAGUUAUAAGCUGAACUUAAAAUUAAUUGUCAUAAAAACUAUUUGGAGUCAAAGAAAUUUCAUUAUACUUAUUAAUUUCUUACUAUUUAUAAAAAAAAUUGUUUAAAUAAAUAAGUAUUUGAUAAUUAAAAAUGUAUUGGUACCUCCCAUUGGUUAAUAAUUAGUAAUACCUAAUUUCAAUACUGUAAUUUCAUUUCAAUUCAAAAUUAUUAUUAAGUUUUUCAAGCUUAUACAUAUUUUAAUAAAAUUAAAAUUGAUUUGUUUUAAACCAUAAUACAUUUUUAAACACCGAAUCAAAAAAUGUCUUUUUUGUUCAUAAUGAAGCUGGAUUUUCAUUAUGCUAUCAUGUUUGGAGUUUAUUCAACUUACAAAUGUCAAAAUACAAUGCAACACAAUGUAGUGUGGUCAAGGAUUUACUUUUCUAAUUUUUAGGUCUUUAUCCCAAUUCAAGUUACUAAUUAUAAAUUAUUAAUUUUAAGUAUUAUUCAUGUAUAAAACUGGUCUUAUAAAGAGUGAUAUGUGUCAUGUGCCAAAAAGCAUAAGCUCUUGGUUAAUAAAUCAUAUCUAUGAGCUGUAAAUUAGGCCGUAGAAUAUAUUUUAGUCUAUA